UCAAUGAGCCACAUUGUCGCGGGCGAGUACCGCGGCGCGCGCUGCUCCGGGGCCAGCUCCGCUCCGCACCGCUCCGCACCCCGCCGCGCAAGAUGAUCGCUUCCCAUCUGCUCGCUUACUUCUUCACCGAGCUCAACCAUGACCAGGCGCAGAAGAUUGACAAGUACCUCUACCACAUGCGGCUCUCCGAGGAGACCCUCCAGGAGGUGUCCCAGCGUUUCGGGAAGGAGAUGGAGAAGGGGCUGGGAGCAGACACCAACCCCACCGCCUCGGUGAAGAUGCUGCCCACCUUCGUGAGAUCCACCCCGGAUGGGACAGAGGAUGGGGACUUCUUGGCGCUGGAUCUCGGUGGCACCAAUUUCCGCGUGCUGAGAGUGAAGGUGUCUGACAACGGCCUGCAGAAAGUUGAAAUGGAGAAUCAGAUCUACGCCAUCCCCGAGGAGCUCAUGCGGGGCAGUGGGGUGCAGCUCUUCGACCACAUCGCUGAGUGCUUGGCCAACUUUAUGGAGAAGCUGAAAAUCAAAGACAAGAAACUCCCCCUUGGGUUCACCUUCUCCUUCCCAUGUCACCAGACCAAGCUGGAUGAGAGCAUCCUCGUUACGUGGACGAAGGGAUUCAAAUGCAGCAGCGUGGAGGGGAAAGACGUGGUGUCGAUGCUGCGCAAGUCGAUCAAGAAAAGAGGGGACUUUGACAUUGACAUCGUGGCUGUGGUGAAUGACACCGUUGGGACCAUGAUGACCUGUGGCUAUGACGAUCAUAACUGUGAAGUUGGCCUCAUUGUUGGUACCGGUACCAACGCCUGUUACAUGGAGGAGAUGAGGCACAUUGACCUGGUGGAAGGGGACGAAGGUCGGAUGUGCAUCAACAUGGAGUGGGGGGCCUUCGGUGAUGAUGGUGUGCUCAAUGACAUCCGGACGGAGUUCGACCGCGAGAUAGACAUGGGCUCGCUCAACCCUGGCAAACAAUUGUUUGAGAAGAUGAUCAGCGGGAUGUACAUGGGAGAGCUGGUCAGACUCAUCCUGGUGAAGAUGGCCAAGGAGGGGCUCUUGUUUGGAGGAAAGCUCACACCAGAUCUGCUCACUACCGGCCACUUUGAGACCAGAUACGUCUCUGCUAUUGAGAAGGAGAAAGAAGGGCUGCAGAAAGCCCAUGAGAUCCUCACCAAGCUGGGCCUGGAGCCAUCUCACGAAGACUGUGUGGCCACCCACCGCAUCUGCCAGAUCGUCUCCACCCGCUCAGCCAACCUGUGUGGGGCCACCCUGGCAGCCGUGCUGCGACGCAUCAAGGAGAACAAGGGGGUGGACCGGCUGCGGUCUACGGUCGGCGUGGAUGGCUCCGUCUACAAGAAGCAUCCUCACUUUGCCCGGCGCCUCCAUAAGACGGUGCGGAAGCUGCUGCCAGACUGCGAGAUCCGUUUUGUGAGAUCAGAAGAUGGAAGCGGCAAAGGGGCAGCCAUGGUGACAGCGGUGGCCUACAGACUGGCCGCCCAGCACAAGGCACGGCAGAAGAUUCUGGAGGCGCUUAAGCUGAGCCACGAGCAGCUCCUGGAGGUGAAGCAAAGGAUGAGGAUAGAGAUGGAGAAGGGGCUGGGCAAGGAGACGCACGCGGAGGCAGCGGUGAAGAUGCUGCCCACCUACGUGUGCUCAACUCCAGAUGGGACAGAAAAAGGAGAUUUCCUCGCCCUGGACCUGGGAGGCACCAAUUUCCGUGUGCUGCUGGUGCGCGUGAGGAACGGGAUGAGGCGCGGCGUCGAGAUGCACAACAAGAUCUACUCCAUCCCAGUGGAGAUCAUGCAAGGGACGGGAGAGGAGCUCUUUGACCACAUCGUCCACUGCAUCUCUGACUUCCUGGAAUACAUGGGAAUGAAGGGCGUAUCGCUCCCGCUCGGAUUCACGUUCUCCUUCCCUUGCCAGCAGAACAACCUGGAUGAGGGGAUUCUCCUGAAGUGGACAAAAGGUUUCAAGGCGACCGGCUGUGAAGGAGAAGACGUGGUGAACCUGCUGAAGGAAGCAAUUCAUAGGAGAGAGGAAUUCGACCUGGAUGUGGUCGCGGUGGUAAAUGACACAGUUGGCACCAUGAUGACCUGUGGGUACGAAGAUCCAUAUUGCGAAGUUGGACUGAUAGUUGGCACAGGCAGCAACGCCUGUUACAUGGAGGAGAUGAGGAACGUGGAGCUGGUGGAAGGGGAGGAGGGCAGGAUGUGCGUCAACAUGGAGUGGGGGGCAUUUGGUGACAAUGGGUGCUUGGAUGACAUUCGGACAGAGUUUGACUUGGCGGUGGAUGAGCUGUCUCUCAACCCUGGGAAGCAAAGGUUUGAGAAGAUGAUCAGCGGGAUGUACCUGGGCGAGAUCGUCCGAAACAUCCUGAUGGAUUUCACCAAGCGAGGGCUGCUCUUCCGGGGACGGAUCUCGGAGAGGCUGAAGACCAGAGGGAUCUUUGAGACCAAGUUCCUGUCCCAGAUAGAAAGUGACUGCCUGGCGCUGCUCCAGGUCCGCUCCAUCCUCCAGCAUCUCGGCCUGGAGUCCACGUGUGACGACAGCAUCAUCGUGAAGGAGGUGUGCACGGUGGUGGCCCGGCGGGCAGCUCAGCUCUGCGGGGCCGGCAUGGCAGCAGUGGUGGACAAGAUCCGGGAGAACCGCGGGCUGGACUUCCUCAAGGUCACGGUUGGCGUGGAUGGGACGCUCUACAAGCUGCACCCUCACUUCUCCACUGUCAUGCACGAAACGGUGAAGCAGUUGUCUCCAAAGUGCGAAGUGACCUUCCUCCAGUCGGAAGAUGGCAGCGGCAAGGGCGCAGCGCUCAUCACGGCGGUGGCCUGCCGGAUCCGGGAGGCUGGCCAGCGAUAGAAGGAAGGAGGUUUGCCGAAGAGCUUGGUUUCAGCAAAGCAGGACGUUUCCCCGCCCCAUCCCUCCCUCCGUACACACACACACACACACGUGGCCUCCCCUUGCAAGCAGACUCUUAGCUUUACUUGUUCUCUUGAGAUACCACCAGUGGGACUGGAGAUGCUGUGUGCUUUGUAUAAAGAGUUGUCUUAGGAGUUUUACUGCAUGCCAUAAAACCGCGUAUCAAGUAAAGCUAAAAGUGUCUUUUGGCUGUCUACCUACGCUUCCAGUCAGAGCCGGACCUGUUCCGCUCGCAGCCUCUGUCAAACACCAGCUCUCCUCCCCACGUCUCCUAACCACUCACGUCUUCCCUAGCAGCAGAAAGGAUAAUGCUAGAAUAAUUAAGACGCUGCAUUGUCACUUUACGGUAACUGGUACCUAUUUAUGUACGUCGGAGUCAUAGCGUGUCCGUGCUGUAGAAAGCAAACCUCUUUAAGAUUGGGCUAAAGACCUCCAUUAGUCUUUUACCCUGAUCAAGGCUGUAUUAUUUCCAUGAAAGUCAUGGUAACUCUUAAAGCACAGGGUGCAGAAUUUCAACCGGCAUGUUCCGAGUCUGCACUGAGAGAUACCAAGUAUCUCUGUUGGUGAGCAAUAUUAAAGAACCUGCUGGAUCCCAGUUAGAGGUGCCCCUUUAACUGCUCCAGCAGAGCACGUGCCUGGAAAUAAUUGGGGACUCAGGGUUUUAAUCCCAUUUCCUGACCUCUCACCCGCACCCUAAAUAGAGUGUAGUAAUGUGGCAUGUACGUAUGGUUGUGUUACACCCCGGAAACCACUGGCACCCUUCCCUGGUGCACGUGUGAACACAAGGAACCACCACCGAGAUGGGUCGGUCUCUUCCCUGCAAAUACACCCCCCCACCACCCCCCAAACGUCGUGGCCGUGUGUCCUCGCUUGGCACGGUGAGUUGGUUUGCUUUUUGUCUGUGAAAUAGUUCUGCGUCUUCAGCCUUUUAGGUGACACCUGGAUUUAUACACUGUAUAUUUAUGUUUCAAGAGAUCUUACGUCUUUUUAUGUACAUAGUUUCGGGGGGGGGAUUAUAUUGCUUAGUUUUGACUUCACCUUUUAAUGUCAUUUAAGAACAGUACUGAAUACUUAUUUUCUUUUUUUCUUGUGUUAUUUUUUUAAUUUAAAAUUUUCUUGGGGUAGACUGGAGAGAGAGAGACCCAGAUUCCUGAGGAUGGUUGUACAAGAAGUUCAGGCAUUCUGAAUUUAUCACCAGAACAAAAGGGAAACCAGGAAGUCAGGGAUGCGAUGCGCAGGAGCAGCGGGGCCCUGCAGCGAAGCUUUCGGGAUUAGGCUGGUUUUAACCUAAGGAGAGGUUGAAUUUUGUCCCCUUGCCCUGCCCAGCCUGCUUUGCUCUGGAAGCGUUGCUUCCUAUUGCAGCGUGCGGUGAAAUAACCCAGGGCUCUGCAGGGACCCGUGCCUGAGCCCGCACCCCUCAUGCAAACGCUCUCGGGCCAGCAAACGCUCGGCACGGGCUCGAGUGCCGACGGUAUGCGUGGGCUCGCAGCAAGGCGAUCUCAACCCAUUCGAUGAGGUCAGCGGCAAUAAUCAGUGUCGCCUCAUUUCCAUUUGGCAUCCUCAGGGCUGGCGGGGAGCGUUCCCCGGGACGCGCGCGCCCGUAGCAUCACUUCGUGCACCCAUGGUGAAAAGCAGCGAUUAAUUUUUUGCCAACAGAAAAGCGUACGGAUGAGCUAACCGCUGCAGUUCUCUGCCUGAGCGAGCAGAGGUGUACAGAGAGGGGUGGGUAUGUUUCUGUAAAUAUUUAGCAGAAGAGAAUGAAAUUCCACUGAUGUACAAAAAAAAAAAAUUAAUUAAUAAUUCCCACGAGCAGACCUUCAGUUUGGAGGAUAGAGUUCUUGUCUAUUUUUAUGUAUAUUUUUAUACUGCUUGGGGUAACCUCAUUACCAAAAGUAUCUCUUCUAUGUUGGGGGUCAAGUUCAGUAGCACAAUUUUAAAGCAAAAUUACUCUGGGCAUUUUAAAUGCUUAUUUUUUUUAUAAGCCUCAAGACAAUUAUAACAAAUAAAAUCUGACUGUGUAUAGAAAUAAUGUAAGAAACCAAGUUUAGUGGAAGUUUUAGAUGAUGUUAAAUAAAUUUUUGAAAGAUGAUACAGAAAUCCUCUAAUACGGUACCAAGCAGUUGUGUGUGAUUCUUUCCUCAGAAGAUCAGCAUUUUGCCUGCUUAAAAAUUGAAACAGAAAUGGUUUUACCUGCUGCACCGCGCAGAAGGUUGCAUUAGCGGCUGUAUUUUUAAACUCUUACCCAGCUGUACCCUUUUUGAAUUAUGCAGUGUUUGCAUCAGUUAGCGAGCUAAAGUUUAUACAGCUCUAGUUUUGGGGGGAGAGCGGGAAAGAUUGGGACUAUGGGCAGCUCUGCGUUUGUAGCCGGUUCAGGCUCCAGUUCAGCCAGUUGUUGGAGUGGGUGACUGAAAGGGCGAGAAGACGCCGUGGGUGGUUAGUACCCGGUUAGCAGGGAAGCGGAGCGGGUGACCUCGCUGCCCUGGUCCUUCUUUGCAGCAAAGGAUGGGCUGUAACUUUACAGUGGCAGGAUUUGCCCCGAGCUCGCAGGGUGGUGGGGAAUUGCCAAGCGGUUUCUCCUCUCCCGCGACAGAGGAGGCAAAAGCAGCGCACGUUGUCCGGGCUGCAGCUGCUUUUAGUCUGUCCCGCAGCAUCUGGUCUGGGGGGUGGCGGCAGCAGCAGCUCCCUGGGGCUGACAAAGCUCAGGGACGUGGAUCUAAACUUUCUGUGAGGUCAGGGAGGAUUUUUGGCUGGGCCGGGUCGGAUGGAUACCCACCUGGGUAUCCUCGAGGCUCUCGAAAGCUUUUGCUUCCCCUUUGCUUUGACGCAGAAUGAAGCAGGGUCGGAAACGUUCCCAGUUAAAAAUACUUGAAGCGUUACAAGACACCCGUGUUAACCUGUGACCGCAGAUAUGCCCAUGGCUGUAAGAAAGGUUUUGAUUUAACACUGUGAGAAGUUUGUGCUCCUUUCUGUCUCAAAGGGGACUAGCACCAGCGAUGUUUGCUGUACGGUCUGAUUGUAACUUCGGUGGGGUUGUAACCUCCCACCUAAAUGUUGCCAUGGGAUGUUACGUGAAUGUGUUUAAAAUGAAGAAGGGAAGAUUAAAUCGUAACUAUUGAUAUGAAGGGAAGAUGAAAUCUAUUAUAUGCAGGGAGAGAUGGACAGACUGAUCAACUUUGGCUUGCCCAGUCUGUCUCUCUUCCCCAGUAAGAAGCGCUGCUUUCUGGAUUUAGGAUGGCUUUUGUUUUGCUUGGUUGUUCCCAUGAGGAUGCAUUUUCUUUGCACUCCUGGUGUCGUGCCGGCACGUUCUUUGGCCACGCCAGCAGCAGAACAGGGUCUUCCACUGUGUCAGCUGCUGUGCUGGAGACACUGACCUUCCCUCCCCCACACUUCUCUCCUCCUUGGUACUUUGGACAGGAGUUUAUUGUUACUGCUUUUUCUGAAGUAUAUAUACAAGCAGCAAAUUGAGCCUUGCAAGAGGAAUUUGCCUCUUCCCUUCUUGGAGUCAAAGGCCGUGUAGGGAGCAGCGUUAUAUUCAGUCACCCAAGAUGUACGAGGAGCAUCCGAGAGCACCUUGGAUGCGUCGAUCUCUGGCCUUGAAGCUGCUCGGAGGUAGUUUGACCUCGGUGUCUCUGUGCUGUCUCUUAUCAGGCAAUCCAAAUGUGCCCAGGCUAUCUGACAAGAGAUAAGAGAGUGGAAAGGUUCAGUGCAUGGGAGGGGAGCGAGGACAGGCAUAAACAAUGACAAAACCACAAGUCCCCAUGCGACGGGCGACAAGGUACAAGACAGCAACAAAAUAAACUGAAAUGGAGGAGCCUUGGUUCCCCACCUCGCCACAAUCUCGUCCCCUCCAGCAGACAGAGAGGAAAACACCUUCUUUUGACAGAUCAUUUUUCUUGCUCUGGUAAAAAAGCAGUCACUGAAGGCAAGAGAGGCAAUUCUUGAUCACAAGGUAAUUUGGAGUAAGAAAGAGUCAAAUUACUUACUUUGUGAUGUCCCUGAUAAAUCAAGACUUUCUGGCCUGAAGCAAAGAAAAUGCAUCUUCAUGGGGGUGUUAGCUCCGUGCGGGGCAGGGGGAGUUAAAUAAAGCCAAAGACUGUUCAGCUGCUAGCAGAAAUGAGUGUCUGUAGAUUCACCUGAUGUUGUCAUUUUGUGUUUACAGUAUUUAUUUUUAGUAAUUGACUGCAGUUAUAUAUAGGCUUCCUUAUUUUUGUACUUUUCAUACCGUUUUCCCUGAGUGUGGUGUUGUACUUCUCAGCUCCCCUUUGCCACGAUUGCUGCUCCUAGUCAGUGACAAAUAAAAGAGAGAAAAAAAACCAAAA